ACCCAUGCAAUUGCGCCUUGAUUAGUUCCUUAAGUUUUCAAUUUACCGUAAACAAAGGCGACGCGCGUCGACCUGGAAGUGAAAGCCGGAACCCGGCCGGAGUAGCUCCGCGCACCGGCUCUGAGGAAGGAGGUCCGGGGCAAGCUGCAGCCAUGGCUGUGGCUGUAGCCAUGGCGGGAUCCAUAAUCGGGUCGGAGCCAGGCCCCGCGGAAGAACUUGCCAAACUUGAGUACCUGUCUUUGGUGUCGAAGGUUUGCACUGAGCUGGACAAUCACUUGGGGAUCAACGACAAGGACUUAGCUGAAUUUGUGAUCAGUCUUGCUGAGAAAAAUACCACCUUUGAUACUUUUAAGGCUUCUCUCGUCAAAAAUGGUGCAGAAUUUACGGAUUCUCUUAUUAGUAACUUGCUGCGUCUCAUACAAACCAUGCGACCUCCAGCGAAGCCUUCCACUAGCAAAGAUCCAGUUGUUAAACCUAAAACGGAAAAAGAAAAGCUGAAGGAACUCUUCCCAGUCCUUUGCCAACCGGACAACCCUUCUGUUCGGACCAUGUUGGAUGAAGAUGAUGUGAAAGUUGCUGUGGAUGUCCUGAAAGAAUUGGAAGCUUUAAUGCCCAGCGCAGCAGGCCAGGAGAAGCAAAGAGACACUGAGCACCGGGACAGGACAAAGAAGAAGAAGCGGAGUCGAAGCCGAGAUCGAGACCGAGAUCGGGAACGAAAUCGAGAUAGAGACCACAAGCGGAGACACCGAUCCCGCUCGCGAUCACGCUCCAGGGCCCGGGAGAGGAACAAAGUCAAGUCUAGACACCGGUCCAGGAGCAGGAGUCAGAGUCCCCCCAAAGACCGGAAGGACCGGGACAAAUACGGAGAGAGGAAUCUGGAUAGAUGGCGGGAUAAGCAUGUGGACCGCCCUCCUCCAGAAGAGCCCACCAUUGGGGACAUUUAUAAUGGCAAAGUUACCAGCAUCAUGCAGUUUGGUUGCUUUGUGCAGCUGGAAGGACUAAGGAAGCGGUGGGAAGGCCUGGUGCACAUCUCUGAGCUCCGACGGGAAGGUCGUGUGGCCAACGUAGCUGAUGUGGUGAGCAAAGGCCAGAGGGUCAAAGUCAAAGUGCUGUCCUUCACUGGGACCAAGACCAGCCUGAGCAUGAAGGAUGUGGAUCAAGAGACUGGAGAAGAUCUAAACCCAAACAGACGACGGAAUCUUGUUGGGGAGACCAAUGAGGAGACCUCAAUGCGGAAUCCUGAUAGACCCACUCACCUGUCCCUUGUCAGUGCCCCUGAAGUAGAGGAUGACUCACUAGAACGCAAGCGCCUCACCCGAAUCUCUGAUCCAGAGAAGUGGGAGAUCAAACAGAUGAUUGCUGCCAAUGUCCUUUCCAAGGAAGAGUUUCCAGACUUCGAUGAAGAGACUGGCAUUCUCCCUAAGGUGGAUGAUGAAGAAGAUGAGGACCUUGAGAUUGAAUUGGUUGAAGAAGAGCCUCCAUUCCUGAGAGGGCACACUAAGCAAAGCAUGGACAUGAGCCCCAUUAAAAUCGUCAAGAACCCAGAUGGUUCCCUCUCCCAAGCAGCAAUGAUGCAAAGUGCCUUGGCCAAAGAAAGGCGGGAACUCAAGCAGGCCCAGCGGGAAGCUGAGAUGGAUUCUAUUCCCAUGGGGCUCAACAAACACUGGGUUGACCCUCUGCCUGAUGCGGAAGGCAGACAGAUUGCUGCCAACAUGAGGGGUAUUGGGAUGAUGCCCAAUGAUAUUCCUGAGUGGAAGAAACAUGCUUUUGGGGGCAACAAAGCCUCUUAUGGGAAAAAGACCCAGAUGUCAAUCAUUGAGCAGAGGGAGAGCCUGCCCAUUUACAAACUGAAGGAGCAGUUGGUCCAGGCCGUCCAUGACAAUCAGAUCCUGAUUGUUAUUGGUGAGACAGGAUCUGGAAAGACAACACAGAUCACCCAGUACCUGGCGGAGGCAGGCUACACUUCCAGGGGCAAGAUUGGGUGUACCCAGCCCAGAAGAGUGGCAGCAAUGUCAGUAGCCAAAAGGGUGUCGGAGGAGUUUGGUUGUUGCUUAGGCCAAGAGGUGGGCUAUACCAUUCGAUUUGAGGACUGCACUAGCCCUGAAACAGUCAUCAAGUACAUGACAGAUGGGAUGUUGCUUAGGGAGUGCUUGAUUGACCCUGACCUCACUCAGUAUGCAAUCAUCAUGUUGGACGAGGCACAUGAGAGGACAAUUCACACUGAUGUGCUCUUUGGAUUGUUGAAAAAGACAGUUCAGAAACGGCAGGACAUGAAGCUGAUUGUCACCUCAGCAACCUUGGAUGCAGUGAAGUUUUCUCAAUACUUCUAUGAAGCUCCCAUUUUCACCAUCCCAGGUCGAACAUAUCCAGUGGAAAUACUGUACACAAAGGAACCUGAGACAGAUUAUCUGGAUGCCAGCCUGAUUACUGUUAUGCAGAUCCAUUUAACAGAGCCACCAGGUGAUAUCCUGGUCUUCCUGACUGGUCAGGAAGAGAUUGAUACUGCUUGCGAGAUCCUGUAUGAAAGAAUGAAAUCCCUGGGACCUGAUGUUCCAGAGUUAAUUAUCCUCCCAGUAUACUCUGCUCUUCCCAGUGAGAUGCAGACCCGAAUCUUUGACCCAGCUCCACCAGGCAGCAGAAAGGUUGUGAUUGCCACCAAUAUUGCAGAGACGUCGCUGACUAUUGACGGCAUCUACUACGUGGUGGACCCAGGAUUCGUGAAGCAGAAAGUUUACAAUUCCAAGACAGGGAUUGACCAGCUUGUGGUGACGCCUAUUUCUCAGGCUCAGGCAAAGCAACGAGCUGGCAGAGCUGGGAGAACAGGCCCAGGGAAGUGUUACAGGCUGUAUACAGAACGUGCCUACCGAGAUGAAAUGCUCACCACCAACGUGCCGGAAAUCCAGAGAACCAACUUAGCAAGCACGGUGCUGUCACUCAAGGCCAUGGGUAUCAAUGACCUGCUGUCCUUUGAUUUCAUGGAUGCCCCACCAAUGGAAACUUUGAUCACCGCCAUGGAGCAGCUGUAUACACUGGGGGCCCUGGACGACGAGGGUCUGCUCACUCGCUUGGGCCGCCGGAUGGCAGAGUUUCCUCUGGAGCCAAUGCUAUGCAAAAUGCUCAUCAUGUCUGUGCAUCUGGGCUGCAGUGAGGAAAUGCUGACCAUUGUAUCCAUGCUGUCUGUGCAGAACGUCUUCUAUAGGCCCAAGGAUAAACAAGCCCUUGCAGAUCAGAAGAAGGCCAAAUUCCACCAGACUGAAGGGGACCACCUCACCCUGCUAGCUGUGUACAACUCCUGGAAGAAUAACAAGUUCUCCAACCCAUGGUGCUAUGAGAACUUUAUCCAGGCUCGUUCCCUGCGCCGGGCCCAGGACAUUCGCAAGCAGAUGUUAGGCAUAAUGGACAGACACAAGCUGGAUGUUGUUUCCUGUGGCAAGUCCACAGUCCGAGUACAGAAGGCCAUCUGCAGUGGGUUCUUCCGUAAUGCCGCCAAGAAAGACCCACAGGAGGGUUACCGGACGCUGAUCGACCAGCAGGUGGUCUACAUCCAUCCUUCCAGUGCCCUCUUCAACAGACAGCCAGAAUGGGUGGUAUACCACGAGCUGGUGCUGACCACCAAGGAAUACAUGCGUGAGGUUACCACCAUUGACCCCCGGUGGCUUGUGGAGUUUGCCCCAGCCUUCUUCAAGGUCUCCGACCCAACUAAGCUAAGCAAACAGAAGAAGCAGCAGCGUCUGGAACCCUUGUACAACCGCUAUGAGGAACCCAAUGCCUGGAGAAUAUCCCGGGCCUUCCGACGGCGCUGAAAGGCAAGCGUGUUCAUUUGCCUCUCCGGCAGCAGUAGCCCGGGGCUUGGACUUAUUCUCAUUGAUGACAGGCUGGUCCUGAGAAUACAGCUGUCCUGUGACUGACUGUCUUAACUGGGCAUUUUCUCAACUUGACUCUCAUUUCUUCCCUGCUAAUAAAAUAGAAACAGGGAUUUAGGCUUGGCUUUGGCAAGAGCCUCCAGCCCCCAUCAACCCAAGUCCUUGGGGCCUGUUGGGAGCUCAUAGCUAACACGGAGACAUUGCAUCAACUUCAAGAAAGGGGCAACUUGUGCAGUCCCAGGGUGGGAAAGGAGAGUAGGUGAGUGUCUCGUGCAGGGACAUGGGGAGGGCGCUGAUGCCCCAGCUGGCAGGAGCUACUGUGCUCGUCUAAAGUGUGUGCCCCAGGGUUUCCCACCCCUUCUCCAGCCCCUGUACUUUGGUUUGACCUCCAUGGAAAUAUUUAUUUUCUUAAGGAA